AUGGAAAUGGAGAACAUUUAUGCCAAUGUCAAACACAGUAACAGCAACAGACCAGUUAUGGAAGACCUGGAUGAAGAUAAAGACAUUUAUGUUAAUGAGGACACACUUGGGUCACAAAAACAAAGUUGCAGCCAGAAUGAGGCUAAAACCCAAAUCCAAGGAGGAAGCAGAUGUUUUGUGCUGAGCUCAGUGUGUCUUGGGCUCAUAUGUGUUCUUCUGGUGGUCGCCAUUAUAGUGCAACAAAUAAAGAUCACAGCAGAGAGAGAAAUAAAGCUGAACUAUAAAAAUAUGGUUGAAGAAUUUAACAAAACUUUAAACAGGAUGCAGGUCAAUUACAGUGAUCUAAUUAUUGCAAAAGAUCGAUUGCAGAGCAGCUUCAACUCUUUAAAUCAGACGAAUCUGGAGUUGGAGACCAGCAUCAACAGUCUAACUGCUGAGAAAAACCAGUUACAGAGAAACUACGACUCUUUGAAUCAGAAGAAACUGGAGGUAGAGGCUGAGCUAAUGAAAAAGAAUUCACAACGAGUGAAAGCAAACGGGUGGCACUGGUACUUCAUAUCCAGUGAAGAGAAGAGCUGGUCUGACAGCAGACAGUUCUGUAGGGAUCAUGGUGGAGAUCUGGUCAUUAUCAACAGUGAAGAGGAACAGAGGUUCAUAUCUUCAUUCAAGAAGAACGUGUGGAUUGGUUUGUCUGACAUCGAGAAAGAGGGCAAAAUGAAAUGGGUGGAUAAUUCACCACUGAAGAAAGGGUUUUGGAUGGUAAAUGAACCAAAUAAUGCUGAUGGAUCGGAGGACUGUGUUGAAAUAAUUCCCUCAUUACCACCACAGAACAACUGGAAUGAUCUUCAAUGCUCAGCAAAGAAAAGAUGGAUUUCUGUAACUCACUUUUGGCACCACCCAGUGGACAUUUCACCUCAACAACACUUCCAGCUUUGACUACUGAUGGCAGUG